AUGCCCGCCCUCAGAAACCUCAAGGUCCUCCCCGUCAACUUCUCAAAAGACUGGAACCCCCUCUUCGCCGGCUUCUGGAAAUCAUGGAGCAUCCCCCGCCAACCCCCCAUGGUCGUCACAUUCCCUCACAUCGGCGAAGGCGGCCCCAAGGAAGCAGCCGCAUUCGAGCUCAAAAAGGCCCAGUACCUGGCCGCCGCGCGGACGAGUCCCGGGCAGACAUGGUUCAAGCUGGUCGACACGUCCAAGACGCCCGACGAGUCGAUUGUGGGCGGGCUGUGCAUGACGCAUUGGAAGCACGAAGAGAAGCCCAGGAACAUGCCUGAUGCGCCGCAUCACGGGUUCGAGCCCGGGUCGCAGCGGCGGAUGAUGUCGGAGCAACUGUAUGGGCAGGUUGAUGAGUGGCAUCGUCGAGCAAUGCAGAAGCGAGAGCACAUGUACGGCCAAGCCAUGUGGAUACUCCCUGAAUACCGCGGCCUCCGCGCCGCCCCCCUCCUGUUGAGCAAAUUCGAAGAACUUCUCAACAAGCACGACGUCGAAGGGUACGCGGAAUGCGUCCUGCUGAGCAAAGGGCUCCUCGAGAGGAUGGGCUUCUUGGUCCUUAACGUCAUCAACUUUCCCAUGAAGAUUGAGAACCCGAGCGAGGAGACCAAGGCUCUGAUGGACGACUUCCUGUCUGAGUCAAUCUACUUGAUGUGGAGGCCCAAGAAGAGCGAGAUGAACAAGAAGGAUAUUGUGAUGCCUUCUGUGGGUUGGAGAGAGGCAAAGCUGUGA